UGUUUCAUAACAUCUCCCGCCGGUUCGAUUAAACAUUUGUGUGGUUCUCGCUUUUUAAUAUAUUCAAUACGCUUUAGUACAAAUAGGAUGGCGAAUAGCCGAUUGGAAAAGAUUGGAACCAUCAUAACUCGAACACAAGGGUUGCUUAAAUCCGGUGCAAUGAAGUUUGAUGAGCGUCCACUAUGGUACGAUAUCGUGAUGGCAUUUCCGCCGAAAGACGAGCCACGCUACGAUCGUCCUGCACCAAAUGUACCAAUACGACGGAUAUUUUACGAAGAAGAUAAAAUUCGAGCCAAAUUCCACAAAUCAAACAAGAUUACCUAUGCGGUGAACUUGUCGGACUUCAAAAACCCUACUGCGACGCAGCAAUUUAUCGAGUUAUAUCAAAACUUGUCUACGCAAGGUGCUUUAGAUGAGGAUAAAGUGUAUGAGACAGCAUUAGAUCUGCUGGAAGAUAAAUUGCGUCUACAACGAGAGAAAAAAUCAGUAGCCGAUGAGCCAGCAGUUAUUUCACAGCCAGUGAAAUCAUCCAACGCAAACGUAGACACGGGAAAAACUGUAAAAUUGCAGGAUAUAUUUAACGAUUAGUUAUGUUUGUAUAGCAGAAAGAAUGCAACAGUAAUAAACAAAGUUACGAAAGCUAUAGUA